ACAUGCUGACAAGGGAGUGAAGGCGGACGCCGGCCAAUGAAGCCUCGCUUCCCGUUUGAAGCCUCCAGUGAGUGGGCGCUGGAGGCGGGCGCUGCUGGCCAGAAGGUUCGGUUGCGAGUGUGCCAUGGACUCAGCUGCCCGGUGAUAUUGACAAUAGGAGAGAGAAAGGGGCAUUGACGGGGACUCACCGCGGGCACUGAACGGCGGCUCUGGCAGCGGCGGCUCCAGCCCCAGCGGCUCCUUCUUCUCCUUCCUUCUCCUCCUGCUGCCCCUGCGGAUCCAGUCUUCCUCCCUCCCUUCCCCCCUCCCCUCGUCGUCGCUGCAGCCGCCGGGUCCGGGGCAACGAGCAGAGGCGCCGCCCGCCGGGAAUGUGAGCGAGGAGCCACCGGCGGAGCCGCAGCGGGGUCGGUGCCGAUUUGAUGGGACGGGCCCGCGGGGGAGGAUCGUGAGGCCGCCGCCGCCGCCGCCGGAGCGCUGAGGUUCAGGUCCGGCCGUGAGGCCUAGAGGCGCCGCUGCCGCGGAACCGGAGGGACGCCGCGCCGGACAGCCGUCGCCCCGGGCUCCCUGCCGCUGUCCGGACCUCCCCCCGCACGCCCCGGUCCCGCCACCCGCCCCCGCUGCGGCCCUCUCUCCCGUCUCCCGCCCCUCCGAAACCACAGAUCAUCUUCGGAUUCUUCUCCAGAAGCUUCAAGUAGGGAUAUGUCCUCAGCACCAACUACUCCUCCAUCAGUGGAUAAAGUAGACGGAUUUUCUCGGAAGUCCGUCAGAAAAGCCAGACAGAAGAGGUCGCAAAGUUCCUCACAGUUUAGGUCUCAAGGCAAGCCUAUUGAGUUAACACCUCUGCCGCUGCUAAAAGACGUUCCAUCCUCAGAGCAGCCUGAACUGUUCCUAAAGAAACUUCAGCAGUGCUGUGUCAUUUUUGACUUCAUGGACACGCUAUCUGAUCUUAAAAUGAAAGAAUACAAGCGCUCCACUCUUAAUGAACUGGUGGACUACAUUACAAUAAGCAGAGGCUGUUUGACAGAGCAGACUUACCCUGAAGUAGUUAGAAUGGUGUCUUGCAAUAUAUUCAGAACUCUCCCUCCUAGUGACAGCAAUGAAUUUGAUCCAGAAGAAGAUGAACCUACCCUUGAGGCAUCGUGGCCACACUUACAGCUUGUAUAUGAGUUUUUCAUACGAUUUUUGGAAAGCCAAGAAUUCCAACCCAGCAUUGCCAAAAAAUACAUAGAUCAGAAAUUUGUAUUACAGCUUUUGGAGCUGUUUGACAGCGAAGACCCACGGGAACGGGACUACUUAAAAACAGUCUUACACAGAAUUUAUGGCAAGUUUCUUGGUCUUAGAGCAUUUAUCCGAAAACAGAUUAACAAUAUUUUUCUAAGGUUUGUUUAUGAAACAGAACACUUCAAUGGUGUAGCUGAACUGCUGGAAAUAUUAGGAAGUAUUAUCAAUGGCUUUGCUUUACCUCUUAAGGCAGAACACAAACAGUUUCUGGUGAAAGUGUUGAUCCCUUUACACACUGUGAGGAGCUUAUCACUCUUCCAUGCCCAGCUGGCAUAUUGCAUAGUACAGUUUCUGGAGAAAGAUCCUUCACUCACAGAACCAGUUAUUAGGGGAUUAAUGAAAUUUUGGCCCAAAACAUGUAGUCAAAAAGAGGUUAUGUUCCUUGGGGAGCUGGAAGAAAUAUUGGAUGUGAUUGAACCUUCACAGUUUGUUAAAAUCCAAGAACCUUUGUUUAAACAAAUUGCCAAGUGUGUCUCUAGCCCCCAUUUUCAGGUGGCAGAAAGGGCACUCUAUUAUUGGAAUAAUGAAUACAUCAUGAGUUUGAUAGAAGAAAACUCUAAUGUCAUCCUUCCCAUCAUGUUUUCCAGUCUUUAUAGGAUUUCAAAAGAACAUUGGAAUCCGGCUAUCGUGGCAUUAGUGUACAACGUGUUGAAGGCGUUUAUGGAAAUGAACAGCACCAUGUUUGAUGAGCUGACAGCCACAUACAAGUCAGAUCGUCAGCGUGAGAAAAAGAAAGAAAAGGAGCGUGAAGAAUUGUGGAAAAAACUGGAGGAUCUGGAGUUAAAGAGAGGUCUUAGACGUGAUGGGAUAAUUCCAACUUAACAGAAAUAAUGACAACAACCUUACUAACCUGUGGAGUCACACAUUUAUGUAGUAGAAGAUGGAACAGCAGUUUUCUGUAUUGUGCAACUUUACAGUAGAUUUCACAUUUGUUUCAUUAUUACAACAGCACUGUAUAUACCUGUCUCUAAGUAAAGGAAAAAAACAUAAGGACUUCAGUCCAAAGUUUGGACAGUAGAUGGACUUCUCAGAACUUGGCAAACAUAAUCAUUGUUCUAACCCUCUUUUAAAAGAAAAAAAAAAAGCAGUCUUCAAAGAUCUGUCAAUGAAAUUUGUAUAUUAAAAUUCCAUUAUUGGGAGUUCCUUAUUUAUCAUUAGCAGAGAGUAUGAAACAAUUUUCAAAUGUGAACAAUCUUAAAUUUAGCUUGUCUUUCUGCUAAGCUGUUAAGUGUAUUUAUAGUAAAGGAAGGGAAAAAAAAAGACUGUCAUUUCCUUAUAAGUUUGUAUAACAUCCUCCUCUGGGUAACUUGACUGUAAUUUGACAUCUUUUCCUUUUGCACAUCUUCAUGAGUUGAAUGUCCACGUGGAAUGGGGCCGUGAAUUAUAAAGGUCCCUGAUAAAAGUUUUGUUCACUGGAGUGAACAUCUUUCCAGUAAGCAGGUAGUCCUGGUACUCCUUUAGUUUUAAAAUUAGGAGUAAAAGAGAGCAGGUGAUAAACAUAGUAGGGAAGGGAAUUUUGGAUUCACGCAUCAGUUUAUGGUGACUCCAAAUCAAUGUCUUGAAUCCUUUGAAAACAGGCACUGGGACAUCAUAGGGUUCAGUACCUGACCAGUAUUAGUUAUGUACGUCAUUGAACACACAAACCAGAGAUGUUUUAGAAAUGUCAGAAGACAUCCUUUUGGACCAUUUUGAAAUAAGAAAGACAAACACUAAACAGUACAACCAUGAAAUUGAUCACCAGGAUUGCGAAUCUAAUUGGGAAUAGAGUCGAGCAAACAGCUUGGACUGUUUGGAGUUGUUGCCUUACUUUUUAAUAUGUAUUUAUAAAGUAUUCCAGCAAAAGAGGAUGAAGCCUCUGGGAAAAAAAGAAACAUAUUACAGUGUUUUUUGUAGAUUCUCAUUCUAUAUCCCAUCACAGCGCCAGCCCUGUUUUUAGCCAGAAAGGAUUCAGGAUAAACAUUAUUAUGCAUUCUGAAUUGAAUGCGUGUUCCUAACUACUGUAUUUGUUACCAAAAGUGGUUCUACAAAUGCUACUGAAAAAAUCUGGAAAUUCCUAAUGUCCUGAGUGUUAAUAAUAAAGUUUAAAAAUGCUUUUAUAUCAAAGGUGCAUUGUGACCAAAUUGUUUAAGAAAAACAAAAAACAAAAUCUAAGGCUGUAUUAUAGAUCUAUCUUAUUGGCUCUCUGCUUUGUAUUUAAAAGAGGAAGCUUACAUCUUGGGGAGUUAAAAUGCUGAUAAAACUUGUGUACAUUAUGUACUUACCUAAAGCAGUUGCAUUAUUAUGUACUGAAAGAUAUGUGUUUUGGGAUUUAUUUCCAGGAUGCUUUUGCUUGUUAUGGACUUGGCAGCAGUGAGUUGAUAAUCCUAAACAAUCCCUUCCAGCAGUAUUCGUGGUAUAGAGCUGAUUCUGCGUUCAUGUGUUAAAUUGUGAUAGUAGCAAACAGGAACAUAUGAACUGUUGUUGCUCUUAAUAGAAAUAUGGUAUCAAUAUGGGCUUGUAUAUUUUCUUCCUUCCAUUUAAAAUAUAAGGUAGAAUAUGCAGUUUUAUUCUUUACAAGAAAAAAGGAAAAAAAGAAGCCACUGACCUUUCUCCCCUACUAAGCGUUUCAGGAUUAUCAGGUCACAGUUUGUGUGUAAAAGUCAGCUGAUUAUGGAUAUUGUCAUCUCAAUAACUUUGUAAAACAAAAACAAAAUUUGGCAUUGUUAAUUCUGAAAAAGAAACAGCAGUAAAGGAGUCAUAUGCAAUACCAAACACAACAUGGUUUAAUGGAAUUAAUAGAUUUUUUUUUUUUUUUUUUUUUUAAGGAACGUUAAUGGGAAUUCAAUGUAAAGCUGGCAGAGGCUGCCAAGGAUGAAAACAACUUACUUUAAAAGUACUGGAGCAAAGGUGCAAGUUCAAAUGCUAAAGAUAAAAAUAAAUUUGUAACGAAUCAUCUCCUUUAGCCCUUUGAUUUUAGCCUGUUAGUUUUAACUCUGCUUUACAUUUAAUUUUGAUAAUAUAAACUUUUGUUUGCCAUUAAUUCAUCUUUUUAGAUUGAGGACAUUACAAUCACAGGUUUAUGAAGUAUCUCUGCCCAUUAGAAUGAAAUGCAGUCAUUUGAGAUGAGAAAGACCAGGAUCCUUUUUUGCACCUUACCCUGUCCUCAGAGUUAAGGUGAGAGCUACACCGAUAUCCUUGAUGUCAAUUUCAUAUGUUGAUCAUUCCAAACUGAGAAGAAUAAAGCCAAAUUUUAGACAUAUUUAAAGUUAUUAUAGAUAUAUGUCUAAAAUUCAUAGGGCAACUUCUGAGAAGAAACACUGUCUUUUCUUUUUUAACUGAAAGUGACAAUGUGGCAUUUGUCACGUUGUGUCCAGUGAUGCACAGUAACUGAGGUAAUCUGACUGUUGCACUAUGUGACAUAUUUAAGGACGUACUUGCUGCAUUUGCAGCAGCCCUCUCUUUGUCCUUUCCCACAUUUCUGCUGUUGCUGCAACUUGAGUUAAUUGUGACAAAUGCAUCUUUGUGUUAUAUUUUGUUUGCUUCCUAAUUUCCAGAACUAUAUAUAAAUAUAUUUUUUAAAUAGCAAAUAUUGUAGUUAGUGAGUGAUGAUCACUCCAACCUUAUCCCUACCAUAUUGGUUUCAGGGGUAGGAUUAAGAGUGUCUUUGGAAGAAAAAACAAAAAACAAAAACAGAACCCUGUGGUUUAGAAGGAUGCUGAGGCCUUAGGCUGUGGGCCUAGAACAACCAUGUGAGUGAAUUGACCCAUCUCAUACUUUGAAUCAAGCAUGCAUUCCUUUUCUCGUUGUGCAGGUGUCUCUAGUUGUUUUCCUUCAGUGUUUUCGUCCUUUUAAAUUUUAUUAUAUUUUGCUCUCCCUGACAUCUGUUUUUUAUAAAAUAAAAAAUAAAAAAAGUAAGACAUAGAUAAUACCCUCAAUGCCUCUGGAUACUCACAAGCAGGGUUAUGCUCCUUCAUCUUGGGCUUGCUUGCCUAAAUGGAAGGGUUUAAUUUAUUUUGUACCUCCUUCUAUGCGUGGGACAGUCCAGGGUGCAGAGCUAGGAAUUGCUUAUAAUUGCACCUGCUAUACUUAAAUGUAUAGCCCUAGGCUCAAUCACACUAUGGAAAGAAAAAAAAAAAGUAUAUUUAGAGCUUUAAAAGCUUUUUUAUUUUUUUGUGGGGAUCGGGGGGUGGGAAAGGGAAGAUGUAUGGAUGUUAUUGGCAUUUUUAAAUGUUCAGAGGUUUUUGUUUUGUUUUGUUUUGUUUUGUUUUGUUUCUUCUGUUUUGUUUUUUCUUCCCUUUAAUUGGAUGCACUGACCUGGCCCAAGAAAUGAAGAGAUUCUCUCUUUUGAUGCUAUUACCAAUGUUACAACAAAGUGACAGUCACCUGUAGCAAAAAGGUGGCACCAGACAUGAUCAGUGAUAUUUUAUUUGCACAUCAAUAUUUUUAUUUUUAUAUUCUGGCUCAGCUGCUUCUCUGAGUGGAGUUAAGGAAUGAGCCACAAAGGAUUUUUGUAGUAGCUAUAUUGGCAAUGCAUUUUAUAUUUCUCAGUAUUUAAUUUUGAAACUCUAAAAGGAUUGUGCAUCUUGAGAGAAAGUUGAGCAAAUUUUAAUCUAGUGUUAAUUUUUGCUGCUUCUUGUGCACGAUAGCAGCAGUAGUAUCUCUCUUGGAAAUAAACAUCCCAUAUUAUGAUGUCUAUGAAUAUAGGUUUCCUUUUCUACCCUCCCUUCCUCCCUCCUUCCUUCCCUCCCUCCCUCCCUCCCUCCUUUCUUUCCUUCCUUCCUUCCCUUCUCUUUCUUUACUUUUUUGGAAAUCACUUAUUGUAUAUAAGUUGUAAUCCAGACCUCAUGUAUCAAUGGGGAACUUUCAAAUAUAAAUAUUACCAAUACAUUUUCUGGUUGUUGUCUGAUUUUUGAUUGAGGUAUAAUGAGAAUGACAUGUCCAUUGCUUUUGGUUUGAGGAUUUCGCUUUAGCUUCAUAAAUCUUUUGGUAUUUUAGUAUUUCAUUGUUUUAGCAGGAGAGGGCAGCAAAAGUUCAUUUUCCCUGUUAGAAAUGCUGUGGUUCAUGAUUGGUUUUAAAUUUAGUUGUGUGUGUGUUUUUUUUAAACAGCAUCUGUUUGUGGGUAGAGGUAAAAAUGAAACAUUUUUGAUAUGAAAAGUUGCAUAUGAAAAUUAUAGACUGGUUCAACCAGACAGUGAAGACUUCUGAUCCACAUUAAAGUUAAAAUGCCACAAAGCAAUCUUCCAGCGCUGGCUAAAAUAUGCUACUUCCUUUUCAAACACAACAAAAUGCAAGCUGAGUCUUAAAACAUUUGGAGUUUUAAAAUGUCUUUCUUUGAAAAUGAUUUACUUUCUUCAAAGUGGUAACAGAAACAAAAAUGAAGGUGCUCCCAAAGGGAAAUGUAACCUUCCCCUUUCACAGGUGUGUGAGAGGUUCUGUACUGUGGGUGCAUCCUAAUAAAGAAGCAGUGAAGAGUU